UGUCCCUCUCUCCUUUUUAACUCCUUCCUUUCAUACUUCUUUUUUAUUCUUUUUUUUUUUUCCUUUGAUAGUAUGUCCUAUUCAAGAAGGGAUCGCGAUAGUAGAAGACGUGAUGGUGGUUGUAGGCUAUAUGUUGGGAAGAUUAAUCGUUAUGUUCGUCAACGUGACUUGAAGGAUCUUUUUAAUCGUUAUGGUCAUAUCAAGGAUUUAGCACUUAUGGACAAUUAUGGAUUUGUUGAAUUUGAUGAUCCUCGUGAUGCUGAUGAUGCGAUACGUGGAUUGGAUGGCUAUAGACUAGAAGGUGAUCGCAUACAAGUGGAAUUUGCGAAAAAGUCAAGGUAUUCUGAUCGUGGUGAUCGUGGUGACCGUGGUGACCGUAGUGAACGCGGCCGUGAUCGUGAUCGUGAACGCUGUUGUUAUAACUGUGGGGAAAUUGGUAAAUUUGCUAGAGAAUGUUCUUUGCCAAAGGGUAGUGGUGAACGUGCUCAAAGAUUCUCAGAAAAUCGUUGCUUUGAAUGUGGUGAACCUGGUCACAGAGCUCAAGAUUGCCCUACUCGUCGCAAUGGUGGUGAUAUGAGUGGUCGUUCCAAGAGAUAUAGAUCUCGAUCUCGGUCUCCUCGUCAUGAUCGUCGCCAUGAACGUAGUCGCCGUCAUCGAUCAUACUCACGCUCUCCAUCUCCUCGUCGAUCUCGAUCUCCUUCACAACCACGUCGCCAUCGGUCUCCUACACCGCCCUCACGACAACGGGAAGAACGUGAAGAUUCACCAGAAAGAAGCAACGGUAUUAGUCCUCGACGCUCACUUAGUAGAAGCCCUUUAGUAGAAAGAGAAUGAUUUAGUUAUGGUUAGAUGUUGAUAUUUCAUUUUUAUUAUUACAUAUUAUCUUUUUUUAUACUGUGUUGUCAAUAAAAUUUAUUUUUUGAUGUCUACA